UUUUGUCAGGUAGCUAUGCUUUUUGUCACCACAGUUUUCAUGAUCUCAUGCUACAGAAGAUUCCUUGCCAUCCUGUAUAUGCCAUCUUACCCAGAAAUAUCCAUUGCCUCCCUGGAUGGAUGGAGCGGCUAAGACCGUGGCGCACAGCAGCAGCUGAGCGGAGAGAGAGGAGCGCGCACGGAAACGGUCUUGGAAAGACCAGAGUCAUUCCCAUCACUUCUCGCCGGCCAGUCAGACCGCGGACACAUCACAGGGGGAGCGUGACUGCAUGGAGGAGAGCGCAGAGGGGGUGAGCCUCUUUUCCUUCACUUGGCACCAGGACGCAAGUUGGAUGUAUGCCGUAGAGACGUGGAUUACGGGGGACUGAAUAUUUUCGUGGGUUCGGAGUUUAUUUUGGAUUUAUUCAUUCAGAACCAUCCCAAGACGUUGUUACGAGUCCCGAGCUGUCCACAGCCACCGAGCUGAGCGCACGCUGUCUAAAAAAUUUAGGAAUAAAGAGAAAAAACUGCGCCCCCCGUUUGAAACCAGGGAUCGCAUAGCCGGAGAUGAUUUAGGUGGAAAUACUGGCUGGGGGCUGCGCCAUGAACUAACGGAGCUGCAUUCAAAGAAAUAAAAAAUAAAUAAAACCCCACACCUAGCAGCUGGGCUGGAUCAGCGUCCACACAGGCACCAAUAUAAUCACACGGACACGCCUCGAAGAUCACUAAACAAAUCAGAUAAACGCAGCGCAAAAACCAAUCAAUUGAAGUUAUUGAUGAGGUGGUAUAUAAGGCUAAUGAUUGGCCAAGCCUCUGUUUACUCAACAGCUCGGCAACAAUAUGGUGUGAAACUUUUGCUGAGGGCUUGACAGUAGAGGCGUACAGUGAGAGCAGAAACGGGACUUGACUGCUGCUUUUCAUGACUCCGGUGCUGAUUGGAAGACUAAAUGCAAACAACAGCUGGAAUAUUCCUUCUCCUCUUCAAACUAGAAUGUCUGCUGCCUGUACUGCUGCUGCAGGAACUUAUGAGUCAAGCAUUUUUGGGCAGCAAACUUCCGUAGAAAUCUUUUUGAAAAAUUUAUAGCAGUUCUUGCGCAAUGAUGGUGGCUGUGACAAGGAACCUACGGAUGACCCAGUCUGUGGGAGAGCUGGUGCCGAGACAGUUGACCUCUCCACCAGCUACGUCGUCUGUCUAAAACUCCUCCCCAGAGAGGCACAGCUGCUGCAGGCUGGGGAUGUGAUGGGGUGACUGCUGACACCCCCCUCACCCACCCCCUCUCUCACUUUAUUAGCAGUGUAAAAUAAACAAUGGAUCAGAAUUUCUCAACGGUUCGAGAUGGCAAGCAGCUGCUACCAGAGAGGGACUCGUCCAAACGUGUUCUGACAGGAUGCUUCCUCUCUCUCCUUAUCUUCACCACUCUGCUAGGCAACACGCUCGUGUGCGCCGCCGUCACCAAGUUCCGACACCUGAGGUCAAAGGUCACCAACUUCUUCGUCAUCUCACUGGCCAUCUCUGACCUUUUGGUAGCUAUCUUGGUAAUGCCGUGGAAGGCGGCGACUGAGAUUGUAGGAUUCUGGCCGUUUGGCGCAUUCUGCAACGUAUGGGUGGCCUUUGACAUCAUGUGCUCCACUGCCUCCAUCUUGAACCUGUGCGUGAUUAGUGUCGACCGUUACUGGGCCAUCUCAAGCCCAUUUCGCUAUGAACGCAAGAUGACCCCUAAAGUGGCAUGUCUGAUGAUCAGUGUGGCGUGGACCCUGUCUGUCCUCAUCUCCUUCAUUCCCGUUCAGCUUAACUGGCAUAAAGCUCAGACCACCAGCUAUGCAGAGCUAAAUGGAACAUACCCUGGUGAUCUGCCCCCUGACAACUGCGAUUCCAGCCUGAACAGGACCUAUGCCAUCUCCUCCUCCCUUAUCAGCUUCUAUAUACCCGUGGCUAUUAUGAUCGUCACCUACACCCGGAUCUACCGCAUCGCCCAGAAACAAAUACGGAGAAUAUCUGCACUGGAGCGGGCAGCAGAGAGUGCCAAAAACCGCCACAGCAGUAUGGGGAAUAGUUCAAACAUGGAGAGUGAGAGCUCAUUCAAAAUGUCGUUCAAAAGAGAAACCAAAGUCUUAAAGACGCUCUCAGUCAUCAUGGGAGUGUUUGUGUGCUGCUGGUUGCCCUUCUUCAUCCUUAACUGCAUGGUUCCAUUCUGUGAGCCGAACUUGCCUGAAGGUGCCACAGACUUCCCCUGCAUCAGCUCCACCACCUUUGAUGUGUUUGUGUGGUUUGGCUGGGCAAACUCCUCGCUCAACCCCAUCAUCUAUGCCUUCAACGCUGACUUCCGCAAGGCCUUCUCCAUCCUCCUGGGCUGCCAUCGGCUCUGCCCAGGGAGUAACGCCAUUGAGAUCGUCAGUAUUAACAACAACAUGGGCGCCCCAACCUCGAACCCCAACUGUCAGUAUCAGCCCAAGAGUCACAUUCCAAAAGAGGGCAACCAUUCAUCCAACUAUGUGAUCCCCCACAGCAUCUUGUGUCAGGAGGAGGAGUUACAGAAGAAGGAUGCAUGUGGAGGGGAGAUCGACGUGGGGAUGGUAAACAACGCCCUGGAAAAUCUCUCCCCAGCCAUUUCUGGGAAUUUAGACAGCGAUACUGAGGUCACACUGGAGAAGAUCAAUCCCAUAACACAGAACGGACAGCAUAAAGCCAUGUCAUGUUGAGAAAAGGCAAAGAUGGAUCGUAGUACGUUGAGGCAUGUACUAUGAAUGCACAAACGGAAGGAAAGCUUAGAUAGAAGGACAGCAAAAGAAACGAGAGACAAGAAGAUGUCUGUCAGAACAGUGAGUGGGAUAUACAGGACCUUAAGACUGUCAACAAAAAUCCACAUGGAAAAACCUAUAGAAUGUUUAAAAGUAAAGGCACUUUAUCCCGGAUACAACUAUCUGCAAAAUACUUUCAGCAUUUAUUGAUGAAAUUGACACAUUUGAUGAUAAAUGUUGAUAAUGUGAAUAUUAAAAAGAAGACCACUAGGUAUGUGCACAUGUAUACAUUUUUAUAUAUUUACCAAGAUGUAUACAUCUGCAUUUGUAUACUGUACAGUACUGACACAAUCCUGCAAAGACUUAAACACAGUAUAUAAAGGAAGAUGUAGUAAAUAUUAGCAAAAUGUCUUGUAGGUAGGUGCUUUGUAUGUGUUUUAUGAGAGAACAAAGUGGGUAAAUUGGUUUUGGUACAGUAUAAUUAGUUUAUCUUCAGUACAGUUCACAGUUUUAUUGGAUAAUCAGAACACCAGUAUUGCAGUGGUAGUUUGUUUAAAAUGGUUUCAGACACCAAAGUAACCCUACAGUGAUUCAAACUAAACAGGCAGGGAGCAGACAAUGGAUUUCAAUAUCAUAAUCCAAGUUGUGCUGUAUUUGUAUUUGUCUGAUUUUAUGAACCCACCCCCUCCCAACCUCUUACCCAACAUGUUUUUUUUUUUUUGCAAUAUCUUAAGAUUCUUAUAAAACAUAAAAAUUUCAGAGGUCCAACUGAUAAGUGUGUGUGGGAGAAUGAGAGAGAGAGGGGGGGGCAAUAGAAAAAUGUACUGCUGUGGUCAGCUUGCCUUCCCUAACAUCCUAUUAUGAUUCAUCCCCAAUCAUGUCCACCUGGGACCGAUCAGACUAACUCACCUGAAGUUUCCCCAAUUUCUCCUCCUCACUCCCUGUUUUCAUUAGCUUUGUCAUCCCUCUCCGCCACUCUUCAGAAAACCCUCUCUAGGGCCCUGCGGUCUGCUGUCCUUUCCAUUUUCCUCUUCUCAGUCAGCAAAAGUCCCUUUCUCCCUCAUUUCUGCCCCUGUUUUUACAUUGCUGUCAACGUCUUCUCUCUGCUCUCCUGCCCACUAUUCCCCUAGUCAGCAUGGCCCUUUACACCUGCACCAUACCUUCUUCUUCUGCUUUUCCGUGUCUGCCUCCUCCCCACUGUCUCCUUUGGCAGCCCUCCAUUUUAAGUCCUCACAUUGCCCACGUAAAGGCGGCACCAGCGUUUCUAUUUUUGUAAAUGCUUUCAGUCCCUAAUUAAAAAAGUAUAUAAAUGUGUAAAUCAAAACGCGGAGGCUGAGCAGCAGCAGCAGAGUUCACUCAGCUGUAAUGCAAGUGACACUUAGUGACCUUUUACAAACUUGCAGAUAUCUGAUUUUGUAAAUUGCUCAUGCUGGGAGCCAUGCUGUGCUGUAGUAGUGAUGUGGAGCAUGCAGUGUGACAGUCCCUCUGUUUGCUGAGGUGGAGUCCAAGAUAAACUGCAACAGUGAGGAUUACCUUCAAGAUAUUGGACAUAUUUUUAUUACCUCACUUCUCACAGUAAUUUCUUUUUGCAUUGUAACAUUUAAAAAAUAAAAAAAUCUUGAGGUUAGUCUGACUUAUAUCUUUUAUAAAAGAUAGUUUCGAGCAAGUCAGUCCUUCAUAUGAAAAGCUCCCGAUGAGCUGCUAAUGAUUUUAUAGCACAGAUUAGCAGUAAAGUCACAUUUUAAAUGCAUUUUCAGCGAUGUCCAGACUUUUCAAAUUGUCAUGUUUGCACUGAUGGUAUUGAUAUUUUACAUUUAGUUUGGAUAAAAGUUCACAAUAGAAAAUUUCACAUCCAAGGCUGAGUUUGAGUUUACAUAUUUAAAUGUGCAGUGGUGUGUUUUAUUGCUUAUGAAUUAAAUUUUUUUUACUUGCAAGAAGUAAAUAGUUAAUUAAAUAUAUUAUUUUCAGAAGUUCAACAUUAUUUUAUUAUUCAUACAGAAUCCAUAAUGCAGUUCACCCUUCGAUUACAUAGAUUAAUUUAAAUUGAACUGCAUAAUUGUCUUCAGAGUUAAGCAAAUGCAAAGUCUAUGCGUAGAACACAUCAUUAUGCAUCCAGACGUAAUUAGCUCUCUAGUCGUAGCCGACACAGCGAGUUUUCUGUGCUAAGUGUUGCUGAGUGAAAAAUGCUCCACAGCAGGCUUUCUGACAUUGUAUGCUGAGCGUCCGCCGUGUGCUGUGUGUGUCCAUGAAGGCGUGAAACUGUUGCACAUCAGAGAAAGGAAGAGCUGAUCCAAUAGAAAGCAAUUGGUCUUGAACGAAGCAUUUGAUUUUCCUGCUCUGGAAAAUCCAAUGCUAUCUAGAUGGCAACAAAGGGGGGAAAGCUUUUUGCUCAAUAUGUGGCUCAGCUUGUGACACAAAAACAACUCAUUGUCCUCCCAUCCUCUCAGCUCCUGGUU